AUGUCGGAUGAGGAGUUGCGCCAGGAGUACGUGCAGCUGCGCAAGAUGAACGCCUUGCUGAAUGAGGAGUCUGCCUCCCUUCAGUCGGAAAUAAGCGCCAUUUAUGAGGAGUCCGUUCGUUUUCAACAGAACACGGAGAUCGAGGAGGACAAGGUGGCCAACCAGUUGCUCCGGCGUCUUCAGUCCGAGGAGCAACAAAGACGUCGGAUUAGUGACCUUAUCCGCCGCGAGGAAUCUGCUCGCCAGCAAAUCACGAAACAAAUUUCCCAAAUUCGGACCGAGAAAACCGACUUGGUGGGACAGAUGGGGGAGCAGGAGUCGUUGAUGCUUGAGCUGCAGAAAAAGUUAAUGGAUGUGGUGACGAGGAAGAAUGAAACGAACCGUGAGCUACUGAAGGAGCGUCGUAGAUACUUGGAUGUGCUCUCCACGCAGCUGAGUCAUCUUAAGGAGGGGUCCCUCAACGAAAAGAAGGAGGGGAAGAGGUCUGACGUUGGCGAAAGCGCCAACGCAAACGAGCCGACACCGGUGGAAACAGCAUCACUGAAUGCUGACGAUAAAACGGGCAGUGACGUCACUACCUCUCCUGCGUUUGAUGCCGCUACAGACGAAACUGAUGUGGCUAUCAGUUUACUAGAGAAGCAGCUCAAUCGUCUUCUUUCCGAGCACGCCGCCGCAGUUCAGGUGUCGGCACGAGAUGAAGCGCUUUGUGCACAACUUGCAAUAAAACUGGACGACAUCCAGCGAGCGGCCUUCCUAGAUCGUGCACGAGCGUCCAAGUUGAAAGAAGAGCUUAAGGAAACGAAAUCACGCGUGGCCCUGCUGGAACGUCAGGCGUCUCAGAGGGAAGGCUCGCUUCUUUCAGAGGACAGCUCUGGCCUACCAACACCGACGUUGGGUUACGUUACUAACAAGUCACUGCGUGAUCGUACGGUAGAGGUUUUGUCGUCGCGUCAGCGCGAAACAGUUAGCAGUAUUCAAGCCUCGCUGGAUGAAUCCGAGACGGGGGAUGAAAUGCCCUCUUCUGCACAGGAAAAUUGA